AUGAUAAAAGGACAAGUCCUUACUCCUGAAAUAAAAAGAAGUUUAUUAUUUGGUGAAACUCUCAAAGACCAAAUAAAAGAAAAUUUUAAUAUCAAAAAAGGAGUAAGAGAAAAAAGUGAAUUCGUAAAAAGUAUCAGCGGAAAAGUAACAAAAAAAUACAGAUUUGGAUCACUUUUGGGAAGAUUAAGUUCACGUCGUUUAAUGUACAAGAGAAUCCCUAUAGAUCCUGAGAACAAAAAGAAAGCGGAACGGUUACGAAAAAUGUUUGAAGAAUUUUUUGAAAGGGACGAUGUAAGCCGAAUGUGUCCAGGUAAAAAGGACACCGUAACAUUCCACAAGAUCAAAAAGCAAAAACGGUAUCUGAACGACACUCUCCAAAAUCUUCAUAAAAUUUUUUUAACAUCGCAACCACUGAUCAAGGCGAGCUAUGCUCAAUUUUGCAAGUUUAGACCAUUUUGGGUCUUGCCGCCUUGUGCCAGGAAAAGGGAAACUUGCCUUUGCAAAAUGCAUAGUAAUAUGCAGCUACUUGUGUCAAAGCUGAAAUUAGAAAAAAUUAUAAAUUCAAACAAUACCACCGAAUUAAUUAAAGAGAUCUGCUGUGAAAAAUAUGGAAAUGCAUGUUUAGAAAGAAGUUGUGAUAAAUGCAAAGCUAAAGAAAUCAGCUUUAAUACUUACGACCCCGGCGAAGAAAUGCAAUAUAAGGAAUGGAGACUUACAACUGAAAUAUUUUUGAAAAGGGGUGUAAAAAAGACUUGCAAAAGAACAGUUAAACAAACCCAAAAUGUCACUAAGGAAAGUGCAGUCAAGGCAUUUGAAAAUUACAACUGUAAGUAUGCAGUAUCAGAAAUUCAAUCGGCACAUUUUGGGGCAUCCAAACCUCAAAUUUCAUUGCAUACAGUGGUAUUUUAUUACCGAGACAUUAAUACAUCUCAAGUGACCAACCUAUCAAUAUGCACCCUUUCUGAAAAUCUGAGGCAUGACCCACCAGCAAUUUGUGCGCACUUGGAUCCUGUAAUUGUUGAAGUAAAAACUUUAAUUCCUAAUCUUACAUGCGCUCACUUCUUAAGUGAUGGGCCAUCCACCCAGUAUAAAAAUAAGACUAUGUUUUACUUGAUGGGAUCCUACUUAGCUCAAAAGUUGGGCGUUGAUGUAUUAAGAUGGCACUACUCAGAAUCCGGUCAUGGAAAAGGUGCCCCAGAUGGGAUUGGGGAAGGAUAA